AUGGCCGCCCUCGCUAGACCCGCCCUCGCUAAGCCCGCUGCCUACCCCAAGGCCCUCCCCUUUGUCGUGGCCGUCGGAAGUUUCGCCCUCAUCGGUAGCUACGUCGCCUCUCAGCUGUCCGUCACAUCAGCAAAGUUCGACCGCUCUUUUGCAAAGUACAACACUCCCCAGAGCGAGGCCAACCGAGCAAAGACCUUUGACGGUGCUAUCGAAAACCCCAGGACAAGUCUCUUCAACAUCCUCGGUCGACGACAGUAG